UGUUGUUCGUAAAGAUGAAGAGCAAGCGCCUCCAGCUGAGGAAGAAGAAGAAGAAAGUACUAGAGUGACAUGGGGCGGCAAAUCUGAGUUUCUUAUGACAUGUGUUGGAUAUGCAGUGGGACUUUCCAAUGUCUGGCGAUUCCCGUAUUUGUGCUAUAAAAAUGGCGGAGGUACAUUUCUGAUACCAUACAUAAUAAUGCUGGCCAUUGUGGGAUUACCUCUCUUCCAUCUGGAGCUAGCCUUUGGCCAGUUUGCUAGUCAGGGGCCACUUAGUAUAUGGCGGAUUAACCCACUUUUCAAAGGUGUCGGCUUUGCUAUGGUCAUCAUCAGUUGGUUCAUAAUGCUUUAUUAUAACGUCAUCAUCAGUCACUCACUAUACUACUUUUUUGCGUCAAUGAAGAGUGAAGUCCCCUGGGCUUCCUGUAACAAUUCAUGGAAUUCAGACAACUGUUUUUUGUAUGACGAAAACCGCCAUAACAGAAAUGUAUCAGCGUUGUAUACAUCUAGCCUGAAGACACCAAGUGAAGAAUACUACAAACAUCAGCUUCUACAACAGAAAUCAACGAUAAACGAAUUCGGAUCACCCAACUGGUUAUUGGUUCUUUGCCUUCUCCUUUCGUGGCUGCUUAUAUUAGUAUGUCUCUUCAAAGGAAUACAGUCACUCGGCAAAAUAGUCUACUUCACAGCCAUAUUUCCAUAUUUCAUGCUGACGGUGCUCUUAGUAAGAGGUGUCACGUUAGAAGGUUCUUUAAAUGGCAUCAUCUUUUUCCUGAAGCCUGAUUUUAAGCAUCUCUUAAAAACAAACGUCUGGAGCGACGCAGCAACUCAAAUAUUUUUCUCUUUGAGCACGGGGACUGGUGGUUUAAUAACACUAUCAAGUUUUAACAAGUUCAAAAAUAAUUGCUUGAGAGACUCUAUUCUUCUGACAUUAAUAAAUGGUGCAACAAGUAUAUUUGUCGGUUGCAUUGUAUUCUCUAUCCUUGGAUGUAUAUCUCAUGAAAAAGGUGUUCCUGUUUCUAGUGUAUCAGGGAAAGGACCAGGUUUGGUGUUCGAAGUCUACCCAGAAGCGUUAGCUCGAAUGCCAAUAGCACCAAUUUGGUCAGUCUGCUUUUUCUUCAUGAUGGCUUUACUGGGAAUCGGUUCACAGUUUUCUAUUGUAGAAUGCGUGAUGAGUUCUAUAUUGGAUGAACUACGUACAUAUAUUAAUACCAUUCCAAGAACUAUUUGUGUUCGUGCAUUGAUCAUAGCCAUCUCCUUCCUCCUUGGUUUACCAAUGCUGUGUAAUGGUGGAAUGUUUCUUUUAAACCUGAUAGACUUCAGCAUCAGCGGUUUUCCAUUGCUCCUGGUUACAAUUUUAGAGUGCCUCGCAAUAAGCUAUAUAUACGGUUUUGAAAAUUUUUCUGAUGAUAUCAAGAUGAUGCUUGGUAAAGCACCAAACCUCUACUGGAAAAUAUCAUGGAAAUAUUUAUGUCCUACAUCGAUUAUUACUAUUGCUAUUUUAAACAUCGUUCUCUACAAGGAACCUGAUUUGAAUGGUAAAGAAUACCCGUGCUGGGCAAAGGUUAUCGGAUGGCUCAUAGUUGCUUUACCAAUUUCCGUCAUACCCACCUGGUUUUUAUACAAAUAUUGCUCACAAGGCGGGUUUUACAUGCUGAAAUUAAACAUGCGGCCUUCACCUGACUGGGGCCCGGCCCGCAAAGAGGACCGAAUCGAACGUUACAGUGCGGAUUCACUUGGGAUUCACAAGAUACAAUGCCUACCCGAAUCGUCUAGUGUUAAUGGAUUAGCUAACGCCGUUCAGCACGCUAGCAGUUUGUCUACCAUCAAUUCUUACGUUCCGAACUCUGUCAGUGGUUCAAUGACUUCAUUUAACAAUGCUGCUAGCUCUGUGACAUUACCUACUGCUAAUGAUAUCAAUCUGAACACAAAAAGUAACGUGGUCAAAUCGGAAUCGAUAUUGUGAUUCUCAGAACAAAUACAAUAUUUAAAAAAAGAAAUAACAAAGUGAAUAAAUAGACAGUACAGAAUCACAAUAUGAUACAAAUACAAUUUGACAGUUUAUAAACAAUGAAAGGGAAAAAAUAAACAACAACAACAUAAAACGAUACGUUGAUUCUGAGAUUUCAUAUAAUCACAAACGACAGAAGGUGAAAUGAAGUAAAACAACCGGAAGCAGAGCGAGUGCGAGAGAGAGGGAGCAAAAGAGAUGUAGAUAUGAGAGUGAGAAAGAGAGUUAGAGACAAAGAUCAUGUAGUGUGUGUCUGUGAGAGAGAGAGAGUGAGAAAGAGUGUGUAUGUGUGAGAGAGAGAAAGAGAAAAUGAGGGAAGAGAAAGAAUGAGUCACCGGGUGCGUUGCGUGGAAUUAAGUUCGAAGUGUGAAAGUUUAAAACGAAAUAAAUAUUCAUGUAAACAAGAAGCAUCCAUAAAAAUCUAUCUUGAUCACUCAUUAACUCACAAUGCAUUUCCGUGUUUCAUUUUGUAUUUUCUAUUUUACUUUAUAAUCUGUUAUUUAUUGUUUCAUUUACUUUUGAACUUCUGUAUAAUUUAUUUUUAGUCUUUGUAAAUCUAUAGUCAUUUUUUUUUUAAAGACUUCUAAAUAAAUCAUUUGUUAUUGUAUUAAUAAAGUGAAAAAUAACAACACGCGUUGUAGAAUAUUAAACUCCCA